AAUUAUGGCUCAUCGUAAUGCUCGCAACUGUCAGCCUACUCCGUCUCCACCUCCGUCUCCAUCUCCAUCUCGACCUCGCCAGCAGGCUCUCAAUCCGGCUGGGGCUCAUCUCAACAUUUUGAUUCAAUUUCGCCAGUUGACCCCGCCGACUUUCACCGGGGUCGAAGGGCCUGAAGCAGUGGCGGAGUGGAUCCGUCAGUUAGAGCAGAAUUUCGAUUUGCUGUAUUAUCGCAUGAGAAUGGAGCGCGCUUUCUGGGAUCUCAAGCAGGGAGCAGGAUUAGUUGAGGAGUACGAGCGAGAGUUCACCCGCAUGAGCGCCUUUGCUCCACAUAUGGUGGACACCGACCUGAAGAAGGCCCACAAGUUCCAGGAUGGACUGAACCGAACUCUCCGUAGCAUGUUGCCAGCCAGGGAAAUCUUUCCUUUGAUAAGAACGUUAUCUGAGCCGUCCAGGCUUGAGAGUUAUCAGACUCUCGAUGCUUCCGUCCCUUCUGCUCAGCUAGUUCAGCCUAUUUUCUCUGCGCCGCCCGGCUCUAGUUCGGGCAAAAGAAAGUUUGAUUCCCACUGGGAUAACCGGAAGGGAAAGCGUGGAGCACCAGACCGUGUGACGUUCCACCAGCUGCCUAUGGUCAGAAACCGAAAUGCCCUAAGUGUG